CUUCCUCCUCUUUUCUCUCCACGUUUUCUCCUUUAACACUACGAAAGACGCACACACACACAAACAAACAAAGAAGCUUUUUGGUCUGAAUCUGAUACUAUAAUACACACACACACACACACACACACACACACACACACACAUAAAAAGAAAGCAAGCAAGCAAUGGAGUCUCUAAAGCUAUUCAUAUCUCUCUUUCUCGUCUCAUUCUCAUCUUGGUUAAUAGGUGUUGAAUCGGACCAUUUUCACCAUAACAACAUGAAGCGUAUGAGACCAAAUAGGUUGUUCGUGUUCGGAGAUUCAUAUGCAGAUACGGGAAACAUAAGAAAGUCCCUAGCCGAUUCCUGGAAAAUGCCUUACGGCGUCAGUUUUCCUGGAAAACCCUCCGGUCGUUUCUCCGACGGCCGCAUCGCCACCGAUUUUCUCGCAAGAUACUUGGGGAUAAAGUCACCGAUUCCGUACACGUGGAAGAAUUACGCGGGAAAGGAACGGCUGUUGUUCGGAAUGAAUUAUGCGUAUGGAGGGACGGGAGUGUUCAAGACAUUCAAUAAUCCAUUGCCAAACAUGACAACUCAGAUUGAUUAUUUCCAGAAAGUCCUCGCCUCGGGCAACAUCUACACUCCCUCCGACCUCCACACUUCCCUUGCCCUCGUCAGCAACGCCGGCAACGACUACGGCACUUUCAUUCUCCAAAAACGCCUCAUGACCGAGUUCCCGGGAUUCAUCAAGCAGGUUGUUGAUCAAACUGAGGUAAACUUGAGACGCAUCCACAAGCUGGGAGUGAAGAAGAUAGCAAUAGCUUCACUGCAGCCACUCGGAUGUCUCCCUAGCAAAACCACCUCUAGUUCAUUCAAACAUUGCAACGCAUCAGAUAACGCAUUAGUGAAACUUCACAAUAUUUUAUUGCGUAGAGCCGUGGCGAAGCUCAACAAUGAGACCAAACCUUCCACUUUCGUCAUUCUUGAUCUCUACAAGGCCUUCUUGACUGUCCUCAAGAACAAAAGAGCGAAAACUGGGGUUACGAGGUUUGUGAACCCAUUGAAACCGUGUUGUGUCGGGAUUACAAGCAAUGACUCGUGCUCAAACGUGGACAAGAAGGGUGAGAAGAAGUAUACAAUUUGCAAAGAUCCAAAGACUUCCUUCUUUUGGGAUGUCUUUCAUCCGACAGAAGAAGGGUGGAGAUCCGUUUACUCGGUUUUACGCGAAAACCUCAAAGCCGUUUUGAUUUAAAAAGAGUUUCAAGUCAAGCUCACUGGUUCAAGUCUCAACAAGAGCAGCUGGUCCAAUAUAGACCGUCAAAUAAAAACAAUGUUAUAAGAUGUGGAAUCUUCCUUUAUCAUGCAAGCUGUUCUUGAAUUGAUACAUGAGACUUCUGUUCGGAAUAAAAUUAGUUAGAAAGUGACAUUAUCAGUGUAUUUAGAG